AUGAGCAAGAAUGUGUGUCCGUGUAACGCAAACCAUUGGUUGUCGCGUUGCGAUAAAUUCCGGAAACUGUCGCUAGAAGAAAGGAAGAAGUACGUGAAAGACAAGGGACUUUGCUUGAAUUGUCUAACCAGUGGUCACUUCGUUCGUUCAUGUGCUAAGCAAAGUUUCUGCAAGGUCGAUGGCUGUACAGGGAAACGCUCUACCUUUCUACACCCAAAGUCUACCCAAAUCGAUAAAGAGGACUAUAAGAGAACAAACCCUCAAGCAGAGCAAACGAAGGACGAAGAAUGUAAGGAUCCAUCAACUCAAGCACGUAACGUCAACGGUUAUGUAAGGUGCCAACCCCCCUCUAACCAAUCAAAAGGUCCAUCGGUGACGGGUCUCGCUAUCGUUCCGGUAAAAGUGAAGGCGAAGGAAGGAUCUGUGGAAGUCGAAACCUAUGCAUUCUUAGACUCUGGGUCGAAUACCUCGUUCUGCACAGAGAAUCUUUUAUGGCAACUAAGGCGCAAGGGGAAGAGAACCAAUCUCACAUUGACAACGAUGCUGGGAAAAGGCACUCCAAUCGCAUGUUCCGUGGUCGAGCUGGAAGUCUUCGACCUGAAAAAUCAACAUCAUGUCAGGUUGCCGAAGGUUUAUUCAACGCCGAGCCUACCUGUCCGCUCGGAAUGUAUCGGGAAACAAGAGGACGUAGAGCGCUGGUCACACCUACAGGGUAUCUCUUUACCGCAUAUCGAUGCUGAGAUUGGUCUUCUGAUUGGCAGUGACGUUCCAGAGAUACUGCAACCUCUCGAAGUACGAACAAGUGAGAACGGUGGACCCUUUGCCACAAGAACCUUGCUAGGUUGGGUUCUAAACGGACCGCUAGGGCGAGAAGGUAGCAGCCCCCCUAUAGUGAAUGGCAUCCAAGCAGAUCAAGAUCUCAAUCAACGGUUUGAAGAGUAUUGUAACAUGGAAUUUGAUGAUGUUACCCACGAAAUGAAACCGACCAUGUCUCAGAACGACAAGAAAGCACUGAAACUCAUGGAACAAUCAGCUAAACUGGUGAACGGCCACUACGAAAUUGGAUUGCCAUGGAAAACAUACCCACCACCACUUUCAAACAACCGAUCGCAAGCAGAACAACGCCUUCGCUCGCUGAAGAAACGACUUCAGCACGAUCAAUCCUUGCUUGAGAAGUAUAAAAGGUUCAUGGACGACCUGUUUUCUAAAGAUUACGCCAGAAAGGUGUCUAGUCAAGAAACCGGACCUCUGGAAACCCAAUGGUAUCUGCCCCACCAUCCAGUGUUUCACCCACAGAAGCCUGACAAGGUUCGAGUAGUGUUCGACUGUUCGGCAAAACAUCGGGACACUUCACUAAACGACCAGUUGCUACAGGGGCCGGAUCUCACCAACAGUCUCGUCGGCGUGCUGACUUGGUUCAGAGAGGAACCCGUUGCAAUGAUCGCAGAUGUCGAGGCUAUGUUUUACCAGGUGCGCGUCCCUUCGUCAGAUUGUGAUGCUUUGAGGUUUCUGUGGUGGCCUGAUGGCGACCUUUCUAAGGAGGCGGAGGAAUAUGAAAUGAGAGUCCAUCUUUUUGGCGGCGCAUCAUCUCCGAGCUGCGCAAACUUUGCGCUCAAGAGAACUGCGAAAGAUAACGAGACAAGUUUCAACGCUAAGGUAAUCGAAACGGUAGAAAAGAACUUUUACGUUGAUGAUUGCCUGAAGUCAGUCAGGGAAGAAGAAGAGGCAGUCGAUCUUGCAAAAAAGCUACGCGAGUUGCUUGCGCGAGGUGGAUUCAAGCUCACAAAAUGGCUCUCCAAUCCAAGAAAGGUGGUCGAAUCCUUACCUGAAUCAGAACGAGCUUCAGUAGUCAAAAAUCUCGACUUCGAUUGCUGGUCCAUGGAAAGAGCGCUCGGUGUCCAAUGGAAUAUAACAUCGGACAAAUUUGGUUUUAAGAUCGUCAUCAAAGACCGGCCUGCCACGAGAAGAGGUAUGUUGUCGAUCGUUAGUUCAGUUUACGAUCCUUUGGGGUUCGCUGUCGUUUUGUCUGUUUUGCUGUCGAUCGCUGCUUCAAGCCUGCUGAAUUAG